AUGAGUACCGAAAUAUUUUCCGUAUUGGCUAGUUCGGUGGGGUUUAUCUUUGGUGGAUGUUGUUCAAAUGUGUUUUCACUAGAAUCUCUUGUAAAAGAUGCACCUGCUUCCUCGAAUAUCGGUUCAUUUAUCACCUUUUGCCAAUUUUGCUUUAUAGCUUCGCAAUAUAUUACGAAAGUUUUUUAUUUAGACCAUAAAUAUCAAAUGGUAAGAAUGAAAGAUUUGAAUGUGCCAUUCAAAGUUUAUUUGGUAUCGGUAUCUCUAUAUUUCCUCGGAACGUUGGGUAAUAACAGUGUUUUCAUAUUUGAUAUUUCGAUUCCAUUGCAUAUUGUUUUUCGUAGUUCAUCAACAGUUAUCACCAUGAUUAUUGGUUGGCUUUUCGCUGGUAAAAGAUACAACAAAUAUCAAGUUUUAUCUGCGAUAAUUCUAACAAUUGGUGUGAUUAUUACCACAUUGUAUAAAGACGAUGAUUUAUCACUAGACGAAUUGUAUUCGAACAGUGUUAAUUUAUUAAAUCCACUCACCAAGGCUGGAAAAAAAAGCAUGAUUAUUGAUCAGUCUUCUCCUGAAAGUGUUCAGCCUGUGUUUUUAGAAAAAUAUAAGUUUGUUUGUGGUGUUAUAAUACUGUUAUCAUCUUCUAUUAUGAUGUCUAUAUUAUCUUUAUACAAUGAAUGGACAUACAAAACAUAUGGGAAGCACUGGGAGGAAAAUAUAUUUUAUACGCAUCUGCUAUCAAUUCCCUUAUUUUUAAUCACAUCAAGUAGUUCUAUUUUUGGAAGUGUUAAAUAUUUACUCUCUAGUAAAAUUGCUACCAAGAGAAGUUGGAGGAUAUCUAUGUUUUUAGGGAAUUUGGUGACACAAAAUAUGUGUGUUAAGGGUGUUAAUAAAUUAGCUAGUACUACUAAUGCUUUAACUGUUUCAGUUGUUUUGUUACUAAGAAAGUUUAUUAGUUUAAUUUUAAGUAUCCACUUUUUCGGAAGCACUAUGUCUAGAACAGGAUAUUUUGGUGCGGGUUUAGUUUUCCUUGGUGCAAUGAUGUAUGCAUUGUCGUCAAAAUCCGAUUUUGAAGAUGAAGAAAAGGAACAUCAAAAAGAGUUAAAGGAAAGUAGAAAGGAAAGAUGA